AUGACUGAAGUAACAAAGUACGAAGACGAUGAUUUAAUACAAGCACAACAAACUGUGAUCAUUCAAAUGCCCAGUGGAAAUGCUAAAAUUAUUUCUUUGAAGCCUGAUACGAUGGUCAAUUUGGGCAAAUUUGGCUCCUUUCAAUCAGAUCAUCUAAUCGGAAAGCCUUUCGGUCUGUCAUAUGAAAUCAUUAGCAAACAAGGUGAGAUUCGCCCUGUUGGCCAUGUAUCUAAGAACAACAACAUUGAGGAAACGGCUGCCAAUAAUCAAAUGAUCAUUGACGACGCUUCGAACCAAACAUUAACACACGAGCAAGUGUUGGCAUUGAAAGAAAAGGGAUUGCAAGGCGAAUUGGCCACUGAAGAAAUCAUUAAAAUGAUGGUUGAUUCUCACUCUGGCUUCUCCAAAAAGACCGAAUAUUCCAAGGCCAAAUACAUUGAGCGCAAAAAGAAAAAGUUCAUGAAGACAUUUACACCUGUACGACCUACUAUCAGCACCAUCAACGACUAUUUCUUUUCCAAAAACCCUGAUAAAAUCAAGCACAUGCGCAUCGACACACUCUCUCAGCUAUUAAGCAUGGCCAACGUACAUGCGAAUGCAAAGUUGCUGGUUGUGGACGAUACUCAGGGUCUGAUUGUGUCCUCUUGUCUGGAGAGAAUGGGUGGAUUCGGUCAAUUGGUAGCUAUUCAUGAAGGAGAUCAUCACAAUUACGACAUUUUACGAUACAUGAACUUUUCGAAAUCUGUGCAAAGUGUAUUCCACCCUGUGCCAAUGACCAUGAUAGAUCAAGGCAUACCAAAUGAUCCGUUCGAGAUUUUGACAGAAGAACAAGAGGCAGCAUUGUCAGAGAACGACACAAUUUCUUACAGCAGACGUAAAGCAGCCUGGGAGGCUCGAGUCAAGUGUAGAAAGACGUUGCACGAAGGCAACUUUGAUGGACUCAUUAUAUCAUCCUCAUUCCAACCCGAGACAGUGAUCAAGGAAUUAUUGCAAUAUGUCAAUGGAUCACGACCCAUUGUGGUGUAUAGCUUCAACAAGGAAGUGUUAUUACAAACAGCUUAUUGGAUGCGUAGAUCAAGCAACUUUUUGAAUGCAGAGCUGACGGAGAGCAGCAUGCGUGAAUACCAAGUCUUGCCUGGACGUAUGCAUCCCAACAUGAACAUGAGCUGUGGUGGUGGCUACUUGCUGUCCACACUCCGCGUCAUAGAUUGCCCAUUUGAUCCCUCUCUUGUCAAGAAGAGCGCUGCAGACAGCAAUGAUAGACGAUUCAAAAAGAAGAAGGUGUCGCCUGCUGCCCCCCAGACAUCUACCGAAGAAACAGCAAACGUGAAUUAG